AUGGAGGACAUCUUCUUUCAUAUGCUCUUUGUGGUGCCUCUGACGCGAUGGAUCACCAGCGUCGGAGCAACGAUAGCUUUGGUUGCGCUGUUUGCAAUCGGAGUGCUUCAGUCUAGCCGCCAGCCUAAUCACUUUGAAACGAUUGGAGUUCCUCCAAAUUCUCCUCCCCGCGUCGUUUCCUCGGCUUACCGCAAACUCUCUCUGAUGUAUCACCCUGACAAAAAUCCGUCAAUGGAAGCGAAAGAAAUGUUCGCCAAGAUUAGGGAGCCUCCGCAUGUGAUAUCUGAACCUUAA